AUGGUCAAUGCAGCUGUAUAUAAAAGCUUUAAGUGGUCUUCUAUUUAUACUGGAACAACACCACACCCUGCCCACACAUAUAGAUACUCAAAUAAAAAAAUGUGUAUUUUAUUCAUAUACAAUGGGUCAGGUGACCCCCAAAGCGAUUACAGCCUGAUAUUAAUAUCAAAUAGAGAUGAAUACUAUGACCGACCUACACAGAACAUGACGAUUUGGAGCGAAGAUCCAGUCAUUGUUGGAGGUCGGGACUUGGAGAUCCACGAUGGUGGAACGUGGCUCGCAGCAUCUCCCACAUAUAAAAAAAUAGGAGUGUUACUUAAUUUGCCAGGAGCCUCUAAAGAAAAUGCCAAAACCAGAGGCAAAAUUGUUGUUGAUUAUGUUAAGAGUAAAGAUUCAGUACAAGAAUAUAUAGAAAAUACAAAAAAUUAUAUCAAGAAUUGUAAUGAAUUUGUUCUAGUUGCAAUUGAGUUCAAUAACGUCACUCCCUCCAUAUUUUCAUACAGCAAUGCCAACGAUCAACUACUUACACAUAAAACGGCUUACAAUGGCUUUGGUAAUAACUUGCCAGAGACACCAUUGAAAAAAGUCGAAGUUGGUAGGUCCCAGUUGGAGCAUAUCUGCAGUAAAUUCAAUAAAGAAAGCAUGGAAAAAGAACUAAUAGAAAAUUUACUGCAGCUAUUGAAAUCAGACCAAAGACAUUUGCCCGACCAGCAGCUGGAGGCUAAGAGACCUAAUAUAUAUGAAGAACUAAGUUCGAUUUAUGUUUGUAUACCAAAAGGAAGAUACGGUACAAGGACACAUACAAUAGUGCUGCUUAAGAAGACAGGGCAUCUAAGCAUAACUGAGAUUACACAACGAAUGCCUAUUGAUCCAGCAAGUCCAACAUGGGAUAGAUCUGAGUUCAACUUUGAAAUAAAUGUAAACAGUUGUAAAUGUACAAAAAAAUAA